AUGCGUCCCACUUCAUUGAAAACAUACUCGACCAAGACCAAUGCAUCUACUUCAAAGGCCCUCCCGCCUGCUCCUGGUUCAGCAGCUACGCAGAAACAGCCGCCAUCACGAUCCGCUGCGCCUGCGCCUUCCACGUCGAGGCCUUCUUCCCCCAAGAAGACAGAUAUGCCACCCCCACCUCGUCCUGUGCGAUCCGCCUCGCUACGACAGCCAGUUGGUGCGGCAUCGGGCCCCCCAGCCGCUGUGCGAGGACAUGCUCGGCAUCGAAGCCAGUUGACGCCGACGGCAAAGCAAGCCACAGAUGUUACCCCCGUUAGUUCUAAAUCUCGACCCGGCUUCUCCACUUAUCAACAGCACUUCUCGCCUCGCAAAGCUGGGAAACCUCCUACGCCUACUCCUGGUGAGCCGACUGGAACGGGCGAUUUGUUGAUUCCAUGCUCGUGGCCGGAUAUUACAGCACUGCAGAUAGAGCUUCUCCAAUUAAGCUUGUUCCAUUCAAAUCAACUUCAACGGCAGUCCGAAUGGAAAGCCGAAUCUGACUCUCGCCUACAGAAGCAGUAUGAUGCGGUUGCGAAUCAAUACCGAACGAUGCUUAAGAAUGAGAAACUGCGACAGCGACAGUUGAAUGCGCAGGCGUUGCAGUGCUGGGCUCAGAAUUGUCGGGAUCGCAAUGGCCCUCAUGGCAUCUCUGAGCAAAUUCAAAUUCUCUCCCAAGUAUUACAGGAGACAUCUGACUUAGUCAAUAGGGAGUUGGGUGGGCGCUAUGCGCGGGCGGUGGGCGUCUUCGAGGACUGGAUUGAAGGAGUAGGCCAAAUCUGGCAAGAACGGGAGGAGUCUGGGGUCAUGGCGGGCCUCGUCUUCAUUGACCCGCUAGACGGGAGCUGGAAGGAGGAGUUACAGGGGCUACGUGCCAGGCUGGAGCUCAGCGUGCGACAACUACAAAGCUUGGACAUCUUGGGAUUUGGCGAGCUCGAGCGACUAGAGCAGUCUGCGUUGGCCCGGGUUGCUAUUGGGCUGGGGGAUACCCUCCAACUCAUGCUACAAGAAGUCCGUGCGAUGCAAACCCUGGAGGCCGAGGUGGUGCGUAGCGAACGAGAGAUGGUACGCAGCCUUGCCACGCAGCUUAGUACGGGCCAAUCCGCGGGGGCAAGGGUGCGUGAAGGAAUUUGGCGAAGAGAGCGUGUAUGA